GUUUGAUGCUUUCCUUUUGCUUUUCAGAUAUUCACUAAAGCCGCCCAGUUGAUGUCAUCAUUGUGAAUUGCAUUUUCUGUGAUUCUUUGGUUGCUGAGGAUGGAGGGCCCACUUGAAACUCUUGCCAAAACCGAUGACCCUACUUUAUUAUAUGACCAAAUUAAAGAAUGCCUCUCCUUUUGUGAUUCCAAGGGACUUGCUAACUAUGUUUUAGAACAAGAUCUUUCAGAACAGACUAUCUUCUUUGAUUUAACAAGUGACAUUGUACAUUGUCUGACGCAGGAAAACCUUGAACAGAAUCCUAGUUUCUUCAAAACUUGUGAAUAUUGUCUUGCUCAUAUUAUUAAGAAAGGCAAACCUCGUGUCUUGUUACUUGCAAUCUUAGAAAACUGGGGAGAUCUUGUCGAUGACACACAGUUCAAAUCUGUUCUUGGACCCAUUUGUGACUGCCUGUUAAAAUUUCCAAAACCUUGUGUGUCCUCCUUAGAAAAUAGCUUGCAAGCAAUUUAUCGUUAUAUCUGUUCAGUGGAACUUCCUGAUAAUAAUGCAUUAGAAGGAGAAGAGGAACAAAAGCUAUUUGAGAAUGAUCCUGUUGUCAAAAGGCUGACUGACAUUAUUCUUGCAACUCUUGAUUUUAUGAAGCCAUUUGUUGAAGCAGUCUCCUUAAAGAACAGAAAUAACCAGCAUGCUUACCAACCACUCCAGGCAGAUCUUCUCAAUUGGUAUCUGUUGGCAUUAUUAAAUAAACCUCUUCUCUUUCUCCAUCUAGCUUCUCCAGCCAAUGAUAAAACUGCAAAGUCAGAAAGCCACUUAUGUGCUGAAAGGCUUUUUUCCCAGCUGGCUUGUCUUCAUCAAGAUUUUCUUCAGAUUGCUGAAGAUGCUCUCUUCUAUAACAGCAGCCUAAAAUUAGAUAAAAAAAAACUCAAAAAUGCUGAUGAAGAGGAAGAAGAGGCGGAGGAUGGAGACAAAACAGAACGUGAUGAUAACAUGAGCACUGAGGAACUUGAGAAAGGAUUGACUGAGGAUAAAAAUACAAAAGAAGAGGAUGAAGAAGAGACAAAAGCUCCAAUACCAGAAUUGUCCAUAAGCUGUUUAUUGUAUUUAGUUUUCUCAGAAAAUCUAAAUAUUAACAGUAUACGCUGUGUAUAUUCUCUAAGAUACAUAUUUGAAUACAACAUACCAUUUAUUCUUAAACUUCUUGAUUCUUCCCAAUCUCUCAUCUUGUAUAAGGGUUUGCAUUUGGCCAAUAGUUGUUUGCAAAAAAUUGAACCUUAUACACUGCGGCCAGUGUUUUUUGAAAAUGAUUGUUAUCUACAACUCUUAACUAGUUUGACUAAGAUUAUGUUACACUGUUCCCUCCAAACUUUCCGCAAACUCGCCGUCAACAUUUUCACAGAUGUUAUACGGAUGUUUGAACCAGCAGGUCGUUAUCAAGCGUAUAAAUCUUUGUUAGCAUGUUGUGAGAAUCCUGGUGUUCUUGGUUAUUGUAUUCAGUUAAUCAAAGAUGAGGUAGACGUCUGCUUACAGAAAUAUCCAGUAGAGGAUCAGACUUUCCUUGGUGAAAAUUUAUUAAAACUGCUUCGAGCUAUUAUCCAAUUGCCAGAUGCAGAAACCACAGAUAUUCUCCAACAUUCCGAUCAAAUUCUUUCUUCUAUGAACUUUGUGCGUUAUCUUAUAUUGAGAGAUCCUCGUUCUAAGAAUAUUUCUGGGUUUUGGAGUUUAGAGAAUAAAUUAAGGACUCAGUUCCUUUCCCCUCUUCAAGUGGCUUUAGACAUGUCUAGGGCUCACUAUAAACUCGAGCUGAAAAACGUCCUUCAUGGAGAAGAAGUGAAGAAGAAUGCCCUUGAGGAGAAUAGACCAGAGAUGACAGUCAAUGUUGGCAACCGGGUGUUGCCCAAUCUUCCACCUGACCAAUUGGUACAAGUAUUUAACAAUGCUUUGAAUACAUUUGACAUGAUGGGUUGUGUGUUGUGUCGUAUUAAUGAGCUCCUUGAUCAGCAACCACAGGCUUCCACUGUUAAAUCAAACAGUUGACGAGGUAGAUUGACAAAAUGAAGAAAUUAACAUUACCUCAACAGAAAAUUGUCCAAUUGCUUCAAAACACUGAAAAAUAAAAAUUCCUUUUAAAACAUUUUCUCUUAUCAACCUGAUCUCCACCCAUUCAUAGCCAAAACGUUCAUUGGUAAUUACCACACACACACAUGUAUUUGUGUGUAUGUAUAUAUAUAUAUACAUACAUAUAUAUGCAUGCAUUUAAAUUUGUGAAGGAAAAUAAAAAAAAAAAACCUAUUGAAUAAUUGAA